AGGCUCCGCGGCCCCUGCGGUCGCCGGGCCAGUGGGUCCCACACCGCCUCACUUCCCUAAAUGGGCAACUUCACUUUUAGAACCCCAGGUCCUCCCCUGGCACACCCAGGUGGCCUGUCCUGUGCCAGCCUGGCCUGCCCGUGGAUCCCCGGGGUGCCUGGGCCCGUGACUGCCCCAGCCGGAGGGAGCCAUGGCCCCCGCGAUCCUGCUGCUGCUGUGGCUCCAGGGCUGCGUCUCAGGUCCCCCGGCAGAGAGUGCAUACACCAGAGUGAGGCUGCUUGAAGGGGAGACUCUCUCUGUGCAGUGCUCCUACAAGGGCUACAAGAACCGCGUGGAGGGCAAGGUUUGGUGCAAAAUCAGGAGGAAGCGGUGUGAGCCUGGGUUCACCCGGGCCUGGGUGAAGGGGCCCCGCUACUUGCUGCAGGACGAUGCCCAGGCCAAGUUGGUCAACAUCACCAUGGUGGCCCUCAAGCGCCAGGACUCGGGCCGGUACUGGUGCAUGCGCAACACCUCGGGGACCCUCUACCCCCUCGUGGGCAUCCAGCUGGAAGUUUCUCCAGCCCUCGCAGCUGAGAGGAGCACUCCCCUCACACAUCUGGCCGACGUCUUCAAGAGUGGAAUUGGCACAACAGUCCAAGUCCCUUCUUCAGGCCCUGAUGUGCCUUUCACCACUAGCAGGACGGUGUUCACCCCUGGGAUCCUCACCUUGGCCAGACUCGUACCCUCCUCGAGACCCACCUCCAUAACAGGCUACAGCUUCACAGGUACCAUGACCACCACGGCGUCCAGGAGGACUACAGGGGCCCAGACAGUGACUGCAUCUCCCAGCAAUGCCGGAGCCUCCUCUGCAGGCCCAGAAUCCAUCUCCCCCGAGUCUGGGCACCUCGGCACCAGAGUGCCGGUGACAGGCAUGUGCCACACCAGCAGAUCUCUCAACAAAUUUCCCUCCAUCAGGCACCAGGAUUUUUACCCCACUGUGCUCGUGAUGGGGCUGACCUUCCUCCUGGUGCCCAUGAUGUUGAUCGUGGUCUAUGGGUUUUGGAGGAAGCGACAUGUGGGAAGUUACAGCAUUCACAGUGAUCCUGCCAGACGCUGGAAGGACCCACCUAGACGCCCAGAGCCCCCGUGGAAGCCUGCUAGAUCUGAGACCACUUAACCAUGGGGUGCGGGAGCUUCUCCCAGAGGGGCACCAGGAGGCGAGAGGAAGGGGGAAGACCAGGGCCAGUCUGGAUUGGAGGGGUUGGAGGACUCGUGCAGUGCUGGACUCGCCCAGGCCCUCCUGAACCAGAGGCUGCACCCUACCUGCGUGGGGGCCAGCAGCCCAGCAGCCAAGUUCUCCUGCGCUGCCAAGAACCUGGGGAGGGACCCAGAGCAGUGGGCAGCAGGCAGGAUGUCCCGGGGAAAGUGUCCAAGAGGUUUCUGCUCAGAGCUGCAGACCCCAGGGCCCUGGUGGGUGGCAGAGAAGCCCUGGAAGUGUUGUUUACAGAGACCCUGAGCUCCUGUCUGCCUCAGUGCCCCUUACUAGCAAGCUAGAGCUGCCCUCUCCGCUGCCAGGGCCCCUGUGUCCCCGGCUUCCCUGUGCUCCCCUCAAGCUUUCCCUAUGCUGAGGGGAGAAAGAGUGGGGCUCAGGGGCCCGAGAGGCAGCCGAUGUCGUGAAGGAGAAGGAACAGUGACUAAGAGCUGGGGACCGACAGACGGGUUGGCAGCAGGGCAUCCCAGAGCUAUCCAAAGUCCCUCCUGUCCGGCAAGUGUCCUCUGACGGGGCCUCUGGGUGCACCCUGCCCUGAGGGUGGCUGCUUGUCCUCCUGUCCCGUGAGCCUGCAGAGCCCACACUCUCAUCACUGCCUCCUGCCGGCCGGCCCUCCUGGAGAAGCUGUGACCGACCAGGCAGAUAGGAGCCUCUUCCCAGGGGUGCAGAGGCUGAACUCGAGGCUCUCUCCUCCAGUUCCUGCACCUGGGUUCCAGGUCUGAGCUCCCAGAGGGGACUGAGGGCCAAGCCUAGUCCCCACCCUGGGGAGACUGAGACCUGUAUGGAGGACGCUGGCCACACAAACACUGAUGGGAAGGCCAUGGCUCAGAGAAAGAGUGGAUCACCCUCACCCCACUGCCCAGGGGCUCACUGUCCCCUGGGGAGAGAAGACACAUGUGUGACACACCAAAGACAACUCGGAGCUGAGCAUGGCCUGGAGGACUGGCCCAGGCGGGGGGCAGGAGGAAGGAAGCCCAGCUAGCCUCUGGCUGGGAGUCCAGUGGGCUGAGGAGUCUGCCUGCUGCCUCACUGCCUCAUGGCUCAGACUUGACCUCUACUGCUCAGACCACGGCCUGGUGUCCAGCAGUGAAGGUGGAGAACGCAGCCUGGAUUCCUCCCCCAGGAGGAGUGUCCAUCAGCCUGCAGUGGCUAGAGCAGCACCUGGGGAUAAAUGUGACAUCUGCACGCUCAGCCCUGAGUCAGGCACCUCCCAGUGGGAGAGCAAACACCACAGCCAGGAGGGUGAUGCAGCCGGGGUCCUGGUGGGCAGCCGGGGGACUACUUCAGGGAGGAUGAGGGGAAAGGACUUGGUGGGGGUAUUCCUGGGCACAGCAGGGAGGGCCUUCUUCCCUACAGCCAGGAGGGGGCAGUAGAGGGAAGACUCGGGUUGCGGAAUGGACACACACACACACACACACACACACACACACACACACACACACGCUGACAUCCAGAUGGCCAGCAAGCAACCUGCUAAGAAAGCUGCUCUCCUUAUCACGAGAGUGCGGCCACCACCCUGGGGUGUAGUUAGGAGGGGGCUUAACUGUCCUGCGGGGAAAUGGCUCCCCGGAAGCUCCCUCUCCGUGUGACCCUGCACCACUGCCAGCCCUGCCUCUCCUGCCGGCCAGAUGCCCGGGGAGGGGGAGGGCACUGGAGGAGGAGUCAGGGACAGGGACGCAGAUGUCAUCUGUCACUGCGUGACCCUCAGCAAGUCACUACCCCUGUCCGGGCCUCAGUUUUCCUCUCUUUUGAAAGUGGACAGUAAUUCCUACCUCUCAGUAUUGUUUUCCAAUAGAACAAAAUUACAUGAACAUUGUACAACCAAGUCGA